UUGCAUGGCGAUCACCCAAGAUCGAGGGACACGUUUCGUGUUUAUCCCUUGAUCACCAAAACUCAGCAGGCAGGCGCGGGCCCGCGUGGAUCCGUGCCCCGACCCCGGUUUCGAUUAGAUCCUCGGGGCCCGGCCGGGGCAGCGGCGAGCCGACGAUGCCACCGGCUAUAUAUAAACGCGCACCCCUGAAUCCCUCUGCGAGCUUCAUGCCUCAGCCCUGUCACUCCUCCUAUCUCCGGCGCCUCUCGCUGCCUCUCCCUUCCUGUUCCAUCCGUCCACAGUUCUUGUGGGAACCCAGGGAUCGACCUGACGGAGACGUCGCAAGGCGUCAAUCGCCGAUCAGGACAGCACGGCGCCCUAUUCUUCUUCGCUCUCGUCUCGGCGCCGAGCACCGGCGCUAAAUGCACUUGCUCCCGUGAGCUGAGCUCUCCCGGCUUGCUGCGAGGUAUCGAUCGAGCAAGAAGCUAGCUGAGCCAUGGCGCUCAAGGCGGUGUACCUGUACGCCGCCAUCGUGGCGCUGCUGCUCUGCUCCUCCGCGAACUUCAUCCAGAGCCCGAGCGACGUGUUCGGCCCCGUGGCGCUCUUGGAGCCCACGCCGUCGGCGGCGCGCGACUUCGGCGCCGUGGUCUCCGAGGCGCCCGUCGCGGUGAUGCGGCCCGGGUCCGCAGCCGACAUCGCGCGGCUCCUGGGCGCGCUGUCCUCGGCGGGGCCGGGCAGCCGGGCGAGGGCGGCGGCGGCCGCCGUGGCGGCGCGCGGCGCGGGGCACUCGCUCCACGGCCAGGCGCAGGCGCGCGGCGGCAUUGUGGUGGAGACGCGCGCCCUCCCGCGCGCCGUGCAGGUGGCGGACGGCGGCGCGUACGCCGACGUGGGCGCCGGCGCGCUGUGGGUGGAGGUCCUGGAGGAGUGCCUCAGGGCCGGGCUCGCGCCGCGGUCGUGGACGGACUACCUGUACCUCACCGUGGGCGGGACGCUGUCCAACGGCGGCAUCAGCGGGCAGGCGUUCAAGCACGGCCCGCAGAUCAGCAACGUCCUGGAGCUCGAGGUCGUCACAGGCACAGGCGAGGUGGUGACAUGCUCACCCACCCGGAGCCCGGAGCUUUUCUUCGCCGUCCUUGGCGGCCUCGGCCAGUUCGGUAUCAUAACCAGGGCAAGGAUUCCGCUCCAAGUUGCUCCUCCCAAGGUGAGAUGGGUGAGGGCCUUCUACGACAGCUUCGAGAGCUUCACCCGGGACCAGGAGCUCCUGGUGUCAAUGCCGGAGCUGGUGGACUACGUGGAGGGGUUCAUGGUCCUGAACGAGCACUCCCUCCUCAGCUCCUCCGUCGCCUUCCCCGUCGAGGUCAACUUCGCCCCGGACUUCGGCUCCGACGGCGGCGGAGGAGGAAAGAAGGUCUACUACUGCCUCGAGUUCGCUGUGCACGACUUCCGGCAGCAGGACUCCGCCGCCGACCAUGUCGUGGAGCUGGUCUCCGGGAAGCUGAGCUUUCUGAGGCCCCACGCGUACAGCGUGGAGGUGGCCUACUUCGACUUCCUCAACAGGGUGAGGAUGGAGGAGGAGAGCCUCAGGAGCCGGGGCCUCUGGGACGUCCCGCACCCCUGGCUCAACGUGUUCGUGCCCAGGCACGGCGCCGCGCGGUUCAAGGACCUGCUCAUGGACACCGUCAUCACGCGGGGGGACUUCGAGGGGGCCGUCCUCGUCUACCCGCUCCUCACUGACAGGCUGCGGGAGCUGCAGGCCUGUGGUGUAGUGCAGCCCGCGAGGCGUCUUGGCCUUGCCUGUCUACAGACUACAGGAGUCGGCGGCUCUCCACAGGGCCACAGCUAUCUUUUUUUUUGAACAAAUCUCCACAGCUAUCUUGUCUAUAUACGGUCAGGGGGGCACGGCCAGCAGGGAGAUGGAGAUUCCGCGAGCUGAGCGGACGUGCCUUUCGCAAGUUGCAGCGCUCGCUUGCCGCAGCUGGUGUGGUGUAAACAGUGUGAGCAGUUGAGCACUGAGCGCACAGCAGUACCCUUUUAUUCAAAAAAGAAAAAAAACAGUGUUACCAGUCGCUUAGGCUAUGGGCUUGUUCUGAACUGCGCAGCAAGUCACGACUCGCGUGGGUAUUCAGUGCAGUGCAGUCUCCGCAAAUAGCAGCGACAGUGCCCGGUAUGGCGCAUUGGUGGCCCUGGCACCCUGGAGUAGGCCUCUUCCUCCUUCCCCGGUCAUAAGGUCAUGGUUCAUUUGGUCAAGCCCUACCUGACUGACUAUGCCCUCUCAUACACCCUAAUCUUAAAAUGCUACUCUACUCCUCAGCGUACUGCGCAGAAGAGCUACUGGGGUACUGUAGCUUAGAGGAGUACUGUAGUAUACACGGUGUUGUUUCUUUUAGUUUCUGAAAUCAUAGUUCUUUCAACUUUUUUUUCUUGUACAGAGCAUGUGUUUAAGGACUCUGAACAUACCUGCUCGUGAGGUUCCGAACUCGGGAUUAGCAGACCAGCGCCAAGGGUUGUCAUGUCCGCAGGCUCUGCUGCCGCUCUGCUCCCGGCAGAGGAUGCUUGCACGGGCGGCCAACCUUUCUGCUGGUCAAAUAGAUUCUCUGCUCUAUUUCUUUAGUAAAAGAAAAUCUGAAGAUUCCGCACUCAAAGACUUUCAGAGCUGCCAUGAUCCAGGCUCUGAAAAAUUGUUCUUCCUUUCCCGGACACCGAAUUUACAUCCUGCCAGGCUCCACCCUGUCACCCUGUCACCGUGCCACGGCCUCCUCCUUGCCAUUUUAGGAAGGAGUCCCAGGGCGCCUCCAACGUCUAGAAACAUAUUAACACCGACCCUGCCUGAUCCCUGAACGUCUUUGAUGGCUCUGAUUCUCGCCAUAUGCCAGGUCGUGGCACGGUGAUGUGAUGCUCCGGACUGACCAUUCGGGUUCGCUGCUGCG